AUUUUUUAUCUUUGCAGAAAUGACGUUUGAUCCAAGUGCCCUUCGUCGGGCAGUGAACAAAAAGUCCAAGGCUCCCCAGGCCCGGGCUCCCGACCAGAGGAGGGGCCAAAAGAGACCUCGGGAUUCGAGGCAGACCAGUGGGCCUGGGGAAUCUUCAAGGCCCCGAGGACCGUCUCUGGGAAUAGUGAGGACGGGGUCUCAGCAACAGGAUCAUCAGGGGACCCCUCGGGAGUCUGUUCCUCGGGGACCUGUUGACGUGGUCGACCUCGAGGAUGGGAGCCUGCCACCGGGGCCUGCUAAUCCCGAGGGAUGCUCUCGGUGCCACUCAGUGCUCAGCAUCGUCGACAAAUACCGGGCAUAUGUCGACUUAAGCAAUGGCUUGAGGGCUCUUGAGGCUAUGGCCUUGAAGACACUGGGAAUAGCUCGGGGCCUUUCCUUGAAGGAAAAGGACGAGUCUUCACGAAUGGCCGACCUCGAGGGGGCCGUUUCUGCUCGGGAUCUAAGGAUUGCCGACCUCGAGGAGGAGCGCGCUCGGCUAUUGAGGGAGCUUGAGCAUAUGCGAGAUGAUCUACGCAGUGCUCAGGGCGAGGCCGGUACUGCGAAGGCUGAGGCUGAGCACUCCAAGCUCGAGCUCGAUCAGCUUAAAAACGAUUUUGAUGCGAAGCUGGCCAAUGCUCGAGAGGGAGCGGUCGAGGACUUCAAGAAGUCUGACGCCUUCAACGAGUUAAAGGGUGAUUAUGCUAUGGGCUCUUACUUUCAUGCCCUGAAGGAAGCUCGAGCUUUCAUGCGCCUGAGGCCGGAUGCUCGCCCUGAGGAUCUGAAGUCAAUCCCCGAGGUGGGUGAUGACCUUCAUCUUUCAGAGUCCGAAGAAAACGCUGGGGAUGAAGACGUCGAUAUCGACGGCGAUGAUGCCGAGGAAGGCCAAGGCAGUCAGGACACCGACGCCUAAAUUUACUGAGCCCAUCCAGUAUCGUUAUUUUUUGUAAUUGUAAAAUGCCCGAUCUUAAUAGAGAUUGUUUUUUUUCUUUUGACCGAGCUUAUUUUGUAUUAUCGUCGUGUUCUAUUUUCAUAUGCGCCGAACAUUAAUCAAUACCUCGAGAAGGAUUGAUUAUCUCGAUCAUAAAGACAAUUAAUUAUCUCGACGAUGAAGACAAUUAAUAGCUCGACGACUAAAGAGAUCAAUUAUCACGACGACAAUAUUGAAUUAAUAUCCCGACGAAUAAAAAUCAUGACGAUUGAAAAAACAAAUCAAUCUGAUUUUUAAACAAGUCUUAAUGCCGGGGACAAUAGCGAAUAGUUCAACACCUUGAUGGUAAUUUUGUCUCGACGUUUAUAUUGAAUUAUCUUGAAGACUAAUCACGAUGGGCGGUUACCUCGGGGUAUUCGAAGAAUUGUGACCGACCUCUGUGAGUAGUUUAUCCCGAGCUCUUAUUUUUCAGCUUUGGACCAAAAUACAAGGAUAUAUGGUCGGGAUGUAUGUCCUCGGGAUUUAUACUUGUGCUGCACUAUUGUACUGAUUAUGAGCUCCAGGAUUUUAGUGCUUGCUCGAGGGCAAGGCUUACAUGCUUGCUCGAGGGCAAGGCUUAGAGGGCUUGCUAGAGGGCAAGGCUUAAAUUGGCUUGCUCGAGGGCAAGGCUUAGAUUGGCUCGCCAAAGACAAGGCUUAAAGGGGCUUGCUUCGAGGGCAAGGCUUAGAUUGGCUUGCCAAAGACAAGGCUUAGAGGGGGCUUGCUCGAGGGCAAGGUUUAAAGAGGGCUUGCUCGAGGGCAAGGCUUAGAUUGGCUUGCCAAAGACAAGGCUUAAAGGGGGCUUGCUCGAGGGCAAGGCUUAAAUUGGCUUGCCAAAGACAAGGCUUAAAGGGGGCUUGCUCGAGGGCAAGGCUUAGAGGGGCUGUUAUACCCGCGGUUUGGAUUUAUUAAUUGUUUGGACUGGACUUGGAUUUAUAUUGCAUCCAAGCUGCCUACGUACCCAAACGGGAUCAAGCCGAACGUAGUUCAUUACAAAAGAGAAUAGAAAACAUGCAUGGGCACGCAGGCCCGCUAAACUAGAAAUAAAAUGCAGAAAAAGAAAAUCUCCUCAAAGGCGUCGGGAAUUUUACUUGUAAUAUAUUUUCAGAUUGUCGGCAUUCCAGGGCCUCGGAAGAGGUCUACCCGAAGUGUCUCUUAGGCUGUAUGCUCCUUUGCGAACUUGUCGUAUGACCUCAAAGGGCCCUUCCCAGACGGGCCCGAGCUUCCUUGGGGGGUGGCCUGCUGCUUCGGCCCUCCUCAAGACCAAAUCGCCCACUCUGAACCUCCGAGCCUUGACUUUGCGAUUAAAAUGUUUUGCUGUCUUUGCUUGGUAAGAGGCCACUUUUAUAGCG